UGGAGCCGUGAGCAUUAUUUACAGCAGCAGCUUCCGCCCGACAUCCCUGAACUGAAACAAGUGGUAGCAAGAGACUCGCCUCUUUGGGAAAAUUCAGCACUUUUGCUUCUUAGCUUACAUCGGCAGUCGAGUCCAGACACGAGAAAAUGUCUCGCAGAUAUGAUUCCCGGACGACCAUCUUUUCUCCCGAGGGGCGGCUCUAUCAAGUGGAGUAUGCGAUGGAAGCCAUUGGCCACGCCGGAACCUGCCUGGGGAUUCUAGCAAACGAUGGUGUGCUGCUGGCAGCAGAGAGACGCAACAUCCACAAGCUACUGGACGAAGUGUUUUUCUCUGAGAAGAUCUACAAGCUGAACGAAGAUAUUGCUUGCAGUGUUGCUGGAAUCACUUCGGAUGCUAAUGUGCUGACUAAUGAACUGCGGUUAAUUGCGCAGAGAUAUCUUCUGCAGUACCAGGAGCCAAUGCCCUGUGAGCAGCUGGUGACAGCAUUGUGUGAUAUCAAGCAGGCGUACACUCAGUUUGGAGGAAAGAGACCAUUUGGAGUGUCCCUGUUGUACAUGGGCUGGGACAAGCACUACGGCUUCCAGCUGUACCAGAGUGAUCCCAGUGGCAACUAUGGAGGCUGGAAGGCCACCUGCAUCGGCAACAACAGCGCUGCUGCAGUGUCCAUGCUGAAGCAGGACUACAAGGAGGGAGAGAUGACUCUGGCUUCUGCUUUGGCUCUUGCCAUCAAGGUUCUUAACAAAACCAUGGAUGUCAGCAAACUCUCUGCAGAGAAAGUUGAGAUCGCCACCCUCACCCGUGAAGAUGGGAAGACCAAGAUCAAGGUGCUGAAGCAGGAGGAGGUAGAAGAGCUCAUCAAGAAACAUGAAGCUGAAGAGGCCAAGGCUGAGAAGGACAAGAAGGAGAAGGAGCAGAAGGAGAAAGACAAAUAAUCACAUGGUUUGCCUUUGUCCUUGAGCUCCGUGUGGUUUAGAUUUUUUUAAUAAAACUAUGGAAAUGGGUCUUCAA